UGGAAAUGCCACAGCGGCCAUCUUGCUGCACCCAAUUUUCAUAGGAAGAACUUGCUGUUGCCAGAUUAAAGAGAACAGGAUGAAUGUACACCUGCCUUAUUCACACUGAAUGUUGCGGAAACGUUUUUCACCAUCAGGAGUUGUUGUUUAUGAUGAGAUCCUUCGGUUCUUUUCCAGUUGUGAAGUUUGCCAUGAGGCCCACCCACAAGACAAGCUUACUUCUAGGCCAUAGAAUCCAGGUUUUUCAAUUAAGGACUCACAGUUCGGCUGCUAAAUUGCCUGAUGUUCAACCCCCACAUGAAGACACAGAUACCAGCCCAAUACAGAGAUUUAAGGAAGUGGGAAAAACUGUAGGCAAAACUGUUGUGCAGCAAGUCUCUGCGACAGCCAAAAAGUGGUGGGACCGGUACGAAGAGUUUGUGGGACUGGUGGAGAUUCGAGAUGCCCAAGGGAAUGUAGCUGAGGCAGAGAAGGAUUUCAUGGUUGCCCGUGGCAUAGUAAGAGAAGCUCGUGAAAAUGUGGAGUCCCAGCAGCUCAAACUGAAGGAAGUGCGUGAUCGUUUGGAUAGAGUUUCCCGAGAAGAUGUGCAGUAUUUGGAGCUGGCAACUCUAGAACACAAAUUGCUACAGGAAGAAAAGCGUCUGAGAACCUCCUAUGUCAAUGCAGAAGAGGGUGAACGGGAAAAAUUUGCACUCUUUUCUGCCUCUGUGAGAGAGAGUCAUGAGAAAGAACGGACCAGGGCAGAGAGAACUAAGAAUUGGUCUGUUAUUGGGUCUGUAUUAGGUGCUGUUAUUGGCGUCAUGGGAUCAACUUACAUUAACAGGGUCAGGCUGCAAGAGUUAAAGAAUUUACUUCUAGAAGCACAGAAGGGACCAAUUAGUUUGCAGCAGGCCAUCCACGAGCAUGCCUCUAUACAGGAAUCCCAGCAAAAGGACCUUGGUGAUCUUAUUGUAGUUUUGAAAAAUAUGGUGUCCUCUACCUCUGUGCCAACACAAGACUUGAAUGCAGAACUUUCUGAUAAGCAGGCUGGAGCUGGUAUUGCUGUGGAUGCAAUUUUAAAGGCAGUGAAAGAACACAUGGCUUACACAAAGGAAUCUGGAAAAUACCUGGAGAGCUUGCAGCACAAUUAUACCCACCUAGAAAAGGUGGUUGACAGGGUUGCAAACGAUCUACACAAUGUAAAGUCAAAGGUUAAUGCUCAACCAGUGGAAAGGACCAUUCUUUCAUCUACUCAGAACAAUGAGAACCAGGGAGACCAAAUACAUAAUAUGAUUCUAGAAUUAGCGGAGACUGAGCAGAGGCUGGAAACGCACAUCAACCGAAAUUCAAUUUACAGCACAGCUUUAACAUGUACUGUAUUUGCAUUGACUAUGCCCCUAUUGUACAUUUUAUUAAAAGGAAACUAGGCAUCAAUAUAAAAUCUUAAAUUAGCCAAUAAAA